AUGCCGGAAGGGCAGCCAGUCAGCAUGACCGAUCAUCCGCAAGCUGGAGAUCCCCCCAUAGACGAUAAGUCGGCCGCCGUGAGACCGGCUUCGGUUGCGACACCUGUCCCUGACUCCAAUGAACAACCGAAACAAGCGCAUCCAUUGCAAGAUGACGAUGCAUCCUUGGCCCCAGAUCCAAAGCGACGGCGGACGGACACCCCUACCGGCGCUGACAUUGCCGAUGAUGCUGCCGAAGAGGGAACGAUACCAUUUGAGAGUCACCGUCUCGCUCUCAGCGAAUCAUACUUCCCUGUGAAGGGCGAUGUAGCGAGCGGGACAAGCCAAAGCGUCGAGCCCGGUCCGGUCAAGGAAGAGCUUGGGGACUUACGUAUACCAACAACCCAUGCGGCUUCACCUGAAAGCGUAGCUCAUGCUAUAUCUCAUCUCCUUGACCAGUCGAGGAGAAAAGAUACAAGCAAGCAAGCUAUUCCAGUUGAUUCCAAUGCUGCUUUGCUUAAAGCAAACUCGAAUCUAAAGGCGCAGAGUCUACCGAUACUGGAUAACUUGUCUACGCAAAUUCUUUGCUUCAUUGCGCGCACGAGCUUCCAAGAUCUGACUUCACUUGUCUCUGAGCCGCAGUCGGAGAAUUCUCAAUCCUACUCUACCCUACGCUCUCUAUUUGAUCACACGAAGAAAGUUUAUACCACAAGUAAACCCUUCCUUUCCGCGUCGGAGCUAGGUUUCACAGACGCAAGCCAGGUAGAAGUGGUUCGAAAAGCAAACCUAGCGUCCUUUGUCUUCAGUCUGUUCGGAUCUCAAGAGAUUGGCUUUUCCGAGCUUCACGACAAUUUCCUUGAUAUAUUUGUUCCCGAGGGAGGGCGGCUACUCAAGAGCCAAGCUGCUUUAUUUCUCGAACUAAAAACGCAGACGUUUAUCGCCUCAAUGAACAAUCCAGCUCGGCCAAAAGUUGAAAUUCUCUAUGAGUUAUUCCCUGACCAUCUUGGAGUCAAUUUACUGGCACGAAGACCGGGCACUCGACACCCGGCGCCAAGUGAGACUGAUUUCGUCAAACGAGCACACUCGCGACGAGAUAUCCUCCUAGGAGAGAUCAAUAACCCAGACUCAAUUCAUACUCUGCCAGAAAAAUACCUUUGGCAGGACUUUUUGAGGGACAUCAGCGUUUAUGUUAGCAAAAACAUCGACUCCCUCACCACACAGACCAAACGGCCAAAUAAGACACGGUCACCAACUUCGCCGCAGGAAGAGGAGGUAGAGUCUCCUGCUACUGCGCUGGAAACACAGUUCCCUGUAGCCCCACCGGCACCCCCUGAGCCUGCCCCUAUUGAACGCAGAAUCGGGAGGGUUGAUCUCGCUGCUCGGGCUGCCCGUGCCGCACAGAUUGCGCUCCAAGGUCAGGGUGUAAGGAGAGCGAGUGCUGUAACCAGCCCUCCACUCCAACAGCCGCAGCCGCAGCAGCAGCAAUCACAACAACAGACUUAUCAGCCAGCACAACCAUACACCCAACCAACUGCCCCUCAAUCCUCACCACCUCCACCCCCAGUCCAGCAGCCAGCCCCCCAGGCGACCUCUACAUCACCACCACCACCUCCGCCGCAGAGCCAGCCUAGUAUCCAGCCCUCAUAUACUCAUUAUGCCCCUACGCCCACUACUGGCUCACCACAACCAUCUCAUCUUCCUUUCCUCCAAGGCCAAUUCCAGUUCCAACAGUAUAGCCCGCAGACGCCAACCGAACCUUCAACGGGGAGAAAUCAUGCUACAACUGCAACAUAUGGGUACAUGCCAGGAGUCCCUCAUUAUUCACAGUCUGAGCCUACUCAGAUACUGUAUGAGCGUGCUAGACUUGCAACCACAACACGGUCGUCACCGAGCAGCCGCCGUGCAGGACUUCCCAGCCAGCGACGACCAUGGACCACGGAAGAGGAGAAUGCGUUGAUGGCUGGCUUAGAUCGUGUCAAGGGGCCCCACUGGAGCCAAAUACUGUCUAUGUUUGGCCCUGGAGGCACCAUUAGCGAAGCUCUCAAGGACCGUAACCAAGUCCAACUCAAGGACAAGGCACGGAACCUCAAGCUCUUCUUUCUAAAGAGCGGAAUUGAGGUCCCUUAUUAUCUCAAGUUUGUCACAGGGGAACUUAAGACAAGGGCACCCGCCCAGGCAGCGAAGCAAGAGGCCCGAGAACGAGAACGGCAGCAAGGAGAAGAGGACAAAGCUCAUGUUGAAGGGAUAGAGGGGAUGAUGGCCCUCGCCGGAGCUCAUGCUUCGGCGUCAGUAGAGCCUUCUAUCGGGGGCGUGGAAUCGCAUCCUAACACGCAGCCCGGCACGCCAGCAAUCCCCACGCAGCAACAGGAACCUCCCAACCACCACCACCAUCCCCAUCACCAAGACGACCAGGACCAGCAUGCAGCUGAACGAUCGGCUGAACAGGUUCUAUAUCAAAGUCUCACCCAAGAGAAAGCAGAAGGGCUACAGAUGGAGUCCCAGCGUAAUUACGUGGACCCUUCGUUGUAA